AUGGAGGACCAGGGCGGCAUGGAAGACAACACCACGAAACUCACAACUGAAGAAUACCUGGAACUCAUGGAGAGUGUUGGUUACAAUGUUGAAGGACGGACAGUGCCACAUCUCUGGGGCGCUUAUUCCUCCAUAUUCAACGACGUUCGUGAGAUAGGCCGAACCAACAAGGAAAACUUCAUCCGCAAAUUUGAGCCGCACGAUCCGUACGUCGUGGCUAAAAGGAUCCAGGCAAAUGGACUCGUGGAGAAAGCGUGGAGUUGCUUCAAGCGACGGGACAAUGAGUUCGGAUGGAGGAAGGAGGUUGAGUUCAGAGCAUUUGAAUGCUUUGACUCGGAAGUCGCGUGUCAUGUCUGUCUCAAGCGGCUUUCGAAAGUGAAAUUCGAAGCCAGGCCCAUCGACCCCGGCGCAGCGGAAGAUCUUCGACGUAGAAGACUGCGGAGAAGAUUGUGUGAGUGCACACCUCUUCAGCGGGCAGUAUUCAUGACCACCGGCAGCAAUGAGUAUCCCCGAAUCUUCACGCGAGAGAUUGACAGACCUAUUUUCCACGAAGACAUGUCAUCACAAAUGAGAAGGCGGCUGAGGACGCAGAGGCCGGACCGAGUCAUUGGCCUUGCUCGAACUCGUACGUUCAAGCACCUACUCCCAUCACUGAGGAAGAGAUGUUCCGCCUUCAACAAGAGACACGUCCUCUAUCCAUUCAUAGUCAUUGAAGCAAAGGCUGCCGAAAAUACCAGCAAUGCAAGUUUCGGAAGCAUGCUUCGACAGACGGCGUUUGCCGUGCGAACGUGUAUGCGCCUACAGCAGAAUUUGAAGGAUGAAACCGGCCUAGACCAUCAAUGUUUGGUCUGGAACUUCGUCAUCUUGGGAGAGGAUUGGAGAUUGUAUGCUGCUGUCCCAGACGGAGAUGGAGUGCAACUGUUUGACCUGUGGCACGGAUCAAUUUUACACGAAGAUGGGGCAUUUCAACUGCUCCUGAUCCUUGACUAUCUCUGUGACUGGGCUAGUGAUGUUUAUCGCCCAAGCAUACUUGCUUGCCUCGCAGGCGGACGAACAAACCUCAGGCAGGUUCGCCUCUCUCCGAGCGGCACCGAGGCCUCGUCACAGAUGUCCGAAAUAGGGAUAUCCAAUUUUCCAGACAUUUCACUUCCCUUGAGGUCAUCGACUGCGCCGGAGCAAGCACACGCUGAACUGGUCGGAGAUCUCGAUGCCGACAAGGAGACGAUAUUGCAGAGACACCGGCAGCCAGAUCCGGCUUCGUCUUCGGCAACAGAAAACGCACUCGACACCCACCAGUGGCGCAAGUGGGAAGAAGCAGAUCCCGACGAGCAUCCCUGGGCGGCUCAUGCUACAAUUCGUCAUUCAAACGUCGUGCAAUAUAGUUACUGGCAACUGAUUCUGCCCGUGGACAAAAAGGUCCUCGAGAAUUGUCUAGAGGUCGUCUUUCCCAAGAUAUCAGCUGAAGAGGCGGCUAGACAACUUGUAAACACAAUGUGCGAUACAAACAUGACUGUGAAGACCCGGUGGAAGUUUGAUGCAAAACAGAUGCCCCCAGGUGAGUCGCCUGGGGUGGAGAUCCUGGUCAGAGCUUUAGUAUAUGCUCAAUGUGCACUGAAACCUGAGAAUUGGCGCAUCACUCGGAGACUAUCGUGCAUUUUAUGCAGCCAGAGAGCACUACAGCAACUGGCUGAAAUUGCACACGUGGUCUUACCACCUACCGGCCUCGUGGACGAUGAAAUUGGCAGCGGCAUCAAUUGCCAACAGGUGCUGCAAGCCAUCGACAAGCUCAAGCUCUGUAGCGGACAAAAGUCGGCGGGGCUGGCCAUGUUCCGGCGUCAAUUAUGCCUGCGGGCGACUCACAAGGUGUCUGAUGGAUUCGAAGAGCUGGAGUGGUUUGCAUUUUCCCACCAGUCAUCAGCCACCAACGUCGGGACAAUAAAAACCACGCGAAAACUUGCAAGUGUCAUUGCAAGCACUUUCUUCGGCAGGAAGCGACACCCUACGGUGGCGCCCGUGUUGGCACCCUACGUCGAGGCGGAAUCGACGUUGCACAUCCUCCCAACCGACCACGAGAUGGACAAUCUGGCGAGGCGGGAAGCCGACGCGUUGAGGUUCAAGAGUCCCGGGAUCCUGAUCAAGAAACCCACCACCUGGCCGGGGAAGACGCCAGAGUUCUGCCUGUUGGUGACGGAGGAGAACGUCGACUUUGAAGACGAGGUCAGGCUCGGCGAGAUGAUUGAAGAGGCCCAGGCCGCGGACGAGGUGUUCGGAGUUGUCAAGGAGCAUGCGAAUUGUGGCGGCUCGACGGAAGACAUGGCGGCAAUUUUCAGUCAGUGGGCCAAGAACAUGAAGGGAGUGUUGGACUAG